AUGGCAUCUCCGGAUACACUCGUCUCCGACCAAGAAGCUCAAACGUCAGCCCCCGAGACAUGGCAUGAUCUACUUUCGCUCCAGAACUGGCUACCACCAGACAUCCGCGCUGUUGCCGUCGCGACAUUCCUUCAGCACUGUGAAAGCUACCCCCGAGAGCUUGUUGGCCACCGACAGGGCUUGUUUUGCUCCUCCAUGUACGCCGGAGGGAUAUCUAGUGCGCUUGAGGAUGUCACCACUGCGGUAGGGAUGGUCAUGUUGUUGGCAAGGGAGCGGCGCUGCUAUAGCAGACUUCACGCGCUGUCAAGGAAGCACUAUGUCGCAGCGUUGAAGGCGGUCAACAUUUCGAUUCAACGAGCGGAAUUGGCGACCUCACAUGAGACGCUGCUGGCAGUUAUGCUACUUGCUACCUAUGAGACUAUGGUCCUCACUUCGCAAGACGCCGAGCAGUCGUUUUCAGCCCACAACAGCGGGACCCUGGAGCUUUUUCUCUUCCGCGGGCGAGAACAGUUCAAGGACACCAAGGCUUUGCAGCUGUUCUUCCACUUGCGGCGUCAGACGAUCCUGAACGCUCUGUGGACGACUGACAACAUCCCUCAGCAUUUCCACACUCUGUCUCAGUGGAGCUUCGAAUUUGAAACCGAUCAGCAACGAUCGGAAUCAAAGCUGGCGGCACUCACGAUACGACUCUGUGAGCUCCGCUCCCAAACGCGAAGAGGUCACUAUUCUGAAGCACCCCGUCGCUCUGUCGUAGACGGUUUUAGAGAACUGGACCAGCUUCUACAGGACUGGAGAGAUCACAGUCUCGACGCCGGGGACUCCUACGACCGCCACAUCCGAGAGGAGGAAGAUGUUCUCACGGCAGCCUGUCACGAGAAACCAAUGCCGCCUGCAAAAACGCCGCUGCGGCUAGAUUAUCUCACCACACGCCUGCAGGUGAACCAAUCGCUCCGCGAUGUGCUCAAGGAAGAGGACCUUCUGGCAGAGAGCGAUUCAAUGUGUGCACUGCUUCGGACUAUCUCGGACUUCCGGAGACAAGCUCGUACGUGCAUCGAGAAGAUGCUUUCUCAGGCCAGGAAGCAAGACACGGACAAGCCUUCCGGAAACUUUGCGCUACAGAGGCUCGCUAUCUGGCCACUGUGGGUUGUCGGCAGCGACGAGGACGCUUCAUUAUCUGAUCUAAGCUGGAUACUGCUGCAGCUACAUGCUAUUGCUAAAGACACCGGGUGCCUCGCUGCUCGGAGGGUUGCUGAUGCUAUAUUUCAAAAGACUGGAACAACCUCGCCUGUCGGGCCACGCAGUGAGGCCAUUCCGGUGAGGACUACCAAGCCCAAACAAUCAGGCCACGGUAGCAGUCUCAUCCUGGACUUUCACGAGCAAGAUCAAGCUCCUCGCAAGGCCAAUGUGCUUGCCUUGCCAGCCACAUAG